AUGACACCGCUACAAGAGCUCUUUUCGCGUUUAAUGAAUCCUCCGACCCACACAUGGUCUGGCCUCUUGGCUCUCUCUACACUCUUUGUUGCUGCUAUUGCGGGUGCCUUGAUCAUUGUGUCCACUCGGCUCUCAAACGAUGAUGUUCCAUUCCCAGAGGGCAGGGGUCUUUUUGCCAUCCUCUAUCAGCAAUACCGCUUCGUCGUGGACGGACCGGGGUUUAUCAAAAUCGGAUAUGACCGGUUCAUCGACGGGCUUUUUGAAGUUCCUCGCACGUUCCGCUUUGGUCAGGUUAUCAUUUGCAAGCCAAGUUUGAUCCAGGAAUUGAAAAACACGCGCAGCGCCGUCGCGUCGUCGGAGCCAUGGAUUGAGCAGCUUUUACAAAUCUCCCAUACUAUGCCUGGAUAUUUCCCCGCGGGAAAAGAAUGGCCUGCCAUCGCAAAAACCACCCCAGGUGUUAUUCGUGGAACUGUGCACAAACACUUGGAUCGGUAUGUUCCGACAAUGAACGAGGCCAUUCUCACACAGAUACGAGCUCUCAAAUUUACGACGCAUGGCGAAUGCACAGUCAGUUGCUUCGAAUUUGCAUACUCCGUCGUCGCACGGAGUGGCAGCUUCGCCAUGGUAGGCGAGCGCCUUGCUCACAAUGAAGAAUACAUUCAAGCAGUCAAGGAGCACAUACUUGGGAUGAUCAUGACCACUCGAGUCCAGUUUCUCAUUCCUGAUUGCCUCAAGCGUUACAUCGGUGGCUUUAUCAGUCGCUUGGCUACAUUAGGCACACGUUGGGAUAUGAAUGCAUCACGCAAGAUUUUACUAAAACACUUCGAGGCACGAGCAACUGAAUACCGCAGGGACAUAACUCGCUCUGGAGAGCUAGUUACCAGCCAGGCCAAUCCGGAGCAGGCGGAAAAGCCGGUCGAGAUUUUCCGGUGGCUAUUCGAAAGUUCCGUUCUCCGCCAUCGAUGGAGUUAUUCAGAAGUUCUUGGCGAGAUGCUCUUACUCCAAUUUGCAUUCGUCUACACUACCGGAUACGCUCUCUACGGUGCUUUGGCCGAACUCGCCCGACACCCGGAGUACAUACAGCCACUGCGCGAGGAAAUUGAGACAACCCUCGCUAAAUAUGGGGCCACUAUUUCGGGAUGUGACCAAAUGAUAUUGCUGGACAGUUUUCUCAAGGAGUGUCAGCGCUUGCAUCCUCCUGCGGCCGGUAUCACACUGAGACCAGGAACGCACAUCGGCGUACCGAGUAGCUGGAUCCAGCGGUCGAGCGUAUAUUACGAGAACCCAGAGACAUUCGAUGGCUACCGAUUCUUGAAGCUCGCAGCGGCUGGAGCAAAGAAUACGAAGCUAGUCGAUCUAAGCCCUGACUAUCUUGUUUUUGGAAUGGGUGUGCACGCCUGGUAA